AACCGUGCUAACACACAGUCUCUGCGCCUGAGAAAGGGCACCCGAAGGGGCCGGUCCUCGGUAGCUCUGUUCAGUAGCUUAUGCCUCGGAAUGAUUGAUCUGUUGCUGUUGCUGUUGUGAGUGGUGGCGGCGGCAGAAAGGGUGACAGCAGCUGGCACAGCUGGGAGGCGGCAGGCGCCAUUGCCAGGACGACUGUCGGGGGUGCCACGGGCUGGCGGGCGGGGGAAGGAAGCCCUUUUACGCGACCGACGGAGAACUCGGUUGGAAGAAGAGGCGGAGGCUCAGCUAGCGCAGGUGCUGCCGCCUGCCCCACGCUGGGCCCCGGGCCAUGCGGCCGGAGUGAGAAGGUGUCCGUGGCCCCGGCGCCCCCAGCAACCUAGUAGCCUGGGCAGGUUGGACUGGAGUCUCUCCAGCGUCGGCGGCAUGGCUUCUAGCAGGGGCUCGGGCCGGAGCGGGCUCAGCCCCUUCGCCACUGCGGGCAGCCAGGCUGCGCCGGGAUUACGACUAGCCCCGAUGCUGCCCUUGCUGCUCCUGCUGUUGCCAGCUUCAGGAGGGUCGCGGGCCUUCCCUCGGGGGGGUGCGGGGCCGCCGGUCAACAGUCCACCUCUGUCCAUCAUGGGUUUGAUGCCACUCACGGACAAUGUGGCAAAGGGCAGCAUCGGUCGAGGGGUGCUGCCUGCCGUGGAGCUGGCGAUCCAGCAGAUCCGCAAUGAAUCCCUCUUGUACCCCUACUUCUUGGACCUUCGACUCUACGACACCGAGUGUGAUAAUGCAAAAGGGCUAAAAGCAUUCUAUGAUGCAAUAAAAUAUGGGCCUAAUCACCUCAUGGUCUUUGGAGGAGUCUGCCCCUCAGUCACAUCUAUCAUUGCUGAAUCUCUUAAAGGAUGGAAUCUGGUACAGCUUUCAUUCGCAGCCACCACACCAGUCCUAGCUGAUAAGAAAAAAUAUCCUUAUUUCUUCCGAACUGUACCAUCAGAUAAUGCUGUCAAUCCUGCAAUUUUGAAAUUGCUAAAAUAUUACCAGUGGAAACGGGUGGGAACCCUAACCCAGGACAUCCAAAGAUUUUCUGAGGUAAGAAAUGAUCUCACUGGUGUCCUGUAUGGUGAAGGUAUUGAAAUUUCAGACACAGCAAGCUUCUCGAAUGAUCCCUGCAAUAGUGUGAAAAAACUUAAGAGUAAUGACGUUCGGAUAAUUCUUGGCCAGUUUGAUCAGAAUAUGGCAGCAAAAGUAUUCUGUUGCGCAUAUCAUGAAAACAUGUUCGGCAGCAAAUAUCAGUGGAUCAUUCCUGGCUGGUAUGAGCCCUCCUGGUGGGAACUGGCACACUCUGAAGGCCAUCCAUCCCCCUGCCUCAGCAAAAAUCUCCUGGCAGCCAUGGAGGGUUAUAUUGGAGUGGAUUUUGAACCCCUCAGUUCAAAAGAGAUCAAGACCAUUUCAGGAAGGACUCCCCAACAGUAUGAAAAAGAAUAUAAUGAUAAACGAUCAGACGUGGGACCCAGUAAAUUCCAUGGCUAUGCCUAUGAUGGAAUAUGGGUGAUUGCAAAAACCCUGCAGAGGGCCAUGGAACAUCUCCGCACCAGCAACAGGCACCAAAGGAUUCAAGAUUUCAACUAUACAGACCAUAAACUUGGCAAAAUUUUCCUGGAUGCAAUGAAUGAAACCAACUUCUUUGGUGUAACGGGUCAAGUUGUGUUCAGAAAUGGAGAAAGAAUGGGAACCAUCAAAUUUACUCAGUUUCAAGAUAGUAGUGAAGUGAAGGUGGGUGAAUACAAUGCUGUGGCUGACACAUUGGAAAUCAUCAAUGAUACCAUCAGAUUUCAAGGUUCAGAACCUCCAAAAGACAAAACAAUCAUCCAAGAACAGCUGCGGGAAAUCUCUCUUCCUCUUUACAGCAUUCUCUCCGCCCUCACAAUCUUAGGGAUGAUCAUGGCCAGCGCCUUCCUCUUCUUUAACAUCAAAAACAGGAACCAAAAGCUAAUAAAGAUGUCCAGCCCUUACAUGAACAACCUUAUUAUCCUUGGGGGAAUGCUAUCCUAUGCAUCUAUUUUUCUUUUUGGCCUUGAUGGAUCCUUUGUCUCUGAAAAAACAUUUGAAACACUUUGCACCGUCCGAACCUGGAUUCUCACGGUGGGCUACACAACCGCUUUUGGAGCAAUGUUUGCAAAAACGUGGAGGGUCCAUGCUAUCUUCAAAAAUGUGAAAAUGAAAAAAAAGAUCAUUAAAGACCAGAAGCUAUUGGUGAUUGUUGGAGGCAUGCUACUGAUUGAUCUCUGCAUCUUGAUUUGCUGGCAGGCUGUGGAUCCUUUAAGAAGGACAGUGGAAAAGUACAACAUGGAGCCGGAUCCUGCUGGCAGAGAUAUUUCCAUCCGUCCAAUUCUGGAACACUGUGAGAACAGUCACAUGACUAUUUGGCUCGGCAUUGUCUAUGCCUACAAAGGUCUCCUCAUGCUGUUUGGUUGUUUCCUAGCUUGGGAAACUCGCAAUGUGAGCAUUCCAGCUUUAAACGACAGCAAAUACAUUGGAAUGAGUGUCUACAACGUGGGGAUCAUGUGUAUCAUUGGAGCAGCGGUCUCAUUCCUCACCAGAGACCAACCCAAUGUACAAUUCUGUAUUGUAGCAUUGGUCAUAAUAUUCUGCAGCACCAUCACACUUUGCCUCGUGUUUGUGCCAAAGCUUAUCACAUUGAGGACCAACCCAGAUGCAGCAACACAGAAUAGACGGUUCCAGUUCACUCAAAAUCAAAAGAAAGAAGAUUCCAAAACAUCCACAUCAGUCACCAGUGUGAACCAGGCCAGCACAUCUCGACUAGAAGGGCUACAAUCUGAAAAUCAUCGCCUGAGAAUGAAAAUCACAGAGCUGGACAAAGAUUUAGAAGAAGUCACUAUGCAGCUACAAGACACACCAGAGAAGACAACAUACAUUAAGCAAAACCACUAUCAAGAGCUCAAUGACAUCCUUAAUAUAAGGAACUUCACGGAAAGCACUGAUGGUGAAAAAGCUAUUUUAAAAAAUCACCUCGAUCAAAAUACCCAGUUACAGUGGAACACAACAGAGCCCUCACGAUCAAGCCAAGAUCCUAGAGAAGACAUCAACUCCCCAGAACACAUACAGCGCCGACUGUCCUUACAACUCCCUAUUCUCCACCAUGCCUAUUUACCAUCAAUAGGAGGCGUGGAUGCCAGCUGUGCCAGCCCAUGUGUAAGCCCCACAGCCAGUCCUCGGCACAGACAUGUGCAGCCACCGUUCCGAGUCAUGGUCUCGGGCCUGUAAGUGUGGAAAAUCAGUGCUUCCUAAACUGUGGGUUAAUGACUCAAGGACCAGAUGACACAUGAAACACAGAAGUCUGCUCAGAGGAGACUGUCAGCUCUUACCCCGAAGAAGCUGGAUGCUGAGGCUGCCCUCAUGCGUAACUCAGGUGGAGGGGAGAUGAAGCUGCUUUGAGUCUGCCCUGUAGCCUUAGGCAUGGAAUUUUUAUUUCUUCACAGCGAAGAUCAAUGGAAAUUAUCUCUUCCCAAAUAUCCACCAACAAGGAGCUGGGAAAUUUGAAUCUUGCAAAAACAAACAAACAAAAAAUGAAAUAUAUCUGCUAGAAUAGGGACAAUAGAAAAACUCCUUUAAAGUCACUGAGCAUUUCAAGGCUGCUAAACAGGUGGAAGCAUCUGCCCAACCCCAUGAUAAGGAAAAGAAGAUAAAAAAAAAAUCUAUCCGAUAUUUAUUGAACUUCAGACACUGCCUUUGACAAGAGCAGUAUCAAACUGUUGAAACUAUUCUGCUUCUGGUCAGUUGAGGAUGAUUUCAGUUGACAGGAAUCCCAAGCUCUGAGGAAAAUGGUCUCGCGACUCAUCAUUGUUCAUUGUUCGGGGUACCUUGUCACUGAACCCAGAUCUUCCAGGGAAAAGCAGAGCUGCCCUCAGCCCUGAGUGGCCCAUCCAUCACCAGCUCCCCUUUCAGCCUAGGCUCUUUGCUGGUUGGACCUCAGAGGGGGGACAUGUAGCAAUGGCCAGGUCCCACUGCUACUAUUUGGGACUUCAUUUUGACAAAGGG